GCUCAAAAGUUCAGAAGUUUUCCCAAUGCUUCCUUAAGCGGCUGGCGCGCAAGAGACUGAAAAAAGGUGACGCGGGGCCCGGGAAGGCGGCCGGCGCGCUGCCCCCCCCCACCCCGCCCCUGUUAUUUGGCCGCCUUUGCCGGCAGCUUGGGACAUAGUCUCCUGGAAGGCGCAGGCAGUGUGGCGAGAAGGGCUCCUUCUUGUUCUUCACUUUUGGCUUCUUCUCCCCGUUUGCGCCUGGAAGUUGCUCCGCGAGUUUCUCCACGGCGGUUUGCCGCGUCCUCGUCCGGCCCUUUCCCCUUGCGGCGACCCUCCCUCGCGGCGGGCGCGGGCCCCGAGGUACCCGGAGGCGCCGGAGGCACCGGAGCCAGCGCUGGGAGAGGCCGCGCGCCGCGGACGGCGGAGGGAGGCGGCGGCGAGCAGGCGGCACCAGCGCGGCGGGGCCCGGACUUGGACUCGGUGGCCGCGGCCGAAACGAGGGUGGGGGGCGGCGGGCGGCGCGGGGCGGCGGCGAGCGGGGGCCAUGCAGGCGCGCUACUCGGUGUCCAGCCCCAACUCCCUGGGAGUGGUGCCCUACCUCGGCGGCGAGCAGAGCUACUACCGCGCGGCAGCGGCGGCGGCCGGGGGCGGCUACAGCGCCAUGCCGGCCCCCAUGAGCGUGUACUCGCACCCGGCGCACCCGGAGCAGUACCCGGGCGGCAUGGCCCGCGCCUACGGGCCCUACACGCCGCAGCCGCAGCCCAAGGAUAUGGUGAAGCCGCCCUACAGCUACAUCGCGCUCAUCACCAUGGCGAUCCAGAACGCCCCGGACAAGAAGAUCACCCUCAACGGCAUCUACCAGUUCAUCAUGGACCGCUUCCCCUUCUACCGGGACAACAAGCAGGGCUGGCAGAACAGCAUCCGCCACAACCUCUCGCUCAACGAGUGCUUCGUCAAAGUGCCUCGCGACGACAAGAAGCCGGGUAAGGGCAGCUACUGGACGCUGGACCCGGACUCCUACAACAUGUUCGAGAACGGCAGCUUCCUGCGGCGGCGGCGGCGCUUCAAGAAGAAGGACGCGGUGAAGGACAAGGAGGAGAAGGACCGGCUGCACCUCAAGGAGCCGCCGCCGCCGCCGGGCCGCCAGCCGCCGCCCGCGCCGCCCGAGCCGGCCGACGGCGCCGCGCCGGGACCGCAGCCGCCGCCCGUGCGCAUCCAGGACAUCAAGACCGAGAACGGUACGUGCCCCUCGCCGCCCCAGCCCCUGUCCCCGGCCGCCGCCCUGGGGAGCGGCAGCGCAGCCGCAGUGCCCAAAAUCGAAAGCCCCGACAGCAGCAGCAGCAGCCUGUCGAGCGGGAGCAGCCCCCCGGGCAGCCUGCCCUCGGCGCGGCCGCUGAGCCUGGACGGGGCCGAGUCUGCGCCGCCGCCGCCGCCCGCCCAGUCCGCGCCGCCGCCGCCGCACCACAGCCAGGGGUUCAGCGUGGACAACAUCAUGACUUCGCUGCGGGGGUCGCCGCAGGGCGCGGCCGCGGAGCUCAGCUCCGGCCUUCUGGCCUCUGCGGCCGCGUCCUCGCGCGCAGGCAUCGCGCCCCCGCUGGCGCUCGGCGCCUACUCGCCGGGCCAGAGCUCCCUCUACAGCUCCCCCUGCAGCCAGAGCUCCAGCGGCGGCAGCUCGGGCGGCGGCGGCGGCGGCGGCGGCGGUGCCGGGGGCGCGGGCGGCGCCGGGACCUACCACUGCAACCUGCAGGCCAUGAGCCUGUACGCGGCGGGCGAGCGGGGCGGCCACUUACAGGGUGCGCCCGGGAGCGCGAGCGGCUCGGCCGUGGACGACCCCCUGCCCGACUACUCUCUGCCUCCGGUUACCAGCAGCAGCUCGUCGUCCCUGAGUCACGCCGGCGGCGGCGGCAGCGGCCAGGAGGCCGGCCACCACCCUGCGGCCCACCAAGGCCGUCUCACCUCCUGGUACCUGAACCAGGCCGGAGGAGACCUGGGCCACUUGGCGAGCGCAGCGGCCGCGGCCGCGGGCUACCCAGGCCAGCAGCAGAACUUCCACUCGGUGCGGGAGAUGUUCGAGUCGCAGAGGAUCGGAUUGAACAACUCUCCGGUGAAUGGGAAUAGUAGCUGUCAGAUGGCCUUCCCUUCCAGCCAGUCUCUGUACCGCACGUCCGGAGCUUUUGUCUAUGACUGUAGCAAGUUUUGACAACCCCCGCCAAGCCGAACUGAAAUGAACCCCAAAACAAAAACAGCCAAAGGAACCCAUCAAUGCAAAAUCGAAACCAAACAAACCCAACUUAAAAAAACUUGAGAACAUUCACCACACCAGUGAACAGAAUCCUCCAGAAAUUCAGCUCACCAACACCAGCACAGAGAAAACUCUAUUUUCUUAAAAAAGAGUAAUUCGGAGCCACCUCCACUUUGCCUUAUCUAAAUAAACAAAACAAUAAACUAUUUUGUACAGAGACACCAAAAUCAUGGUUUAUUAAAGGACAGUGUUACUCCAGAUAACACGUAAGUUUCUUCUUGCUUUUCAGAGACCUGCUUCUCUCCUCCCCUCUCACCUCACUUUCCUGCCAUCUUCCUGGCCUCUCACCUGUAAGAUAGUAUUUUAUCCUAUGUUGAAAGGAGGCAGAAAGUCCUCUUUUAUGACAAUCGUAUUCUUUUUAUCCAUGGACUUGUUUUAAAAUGUAAAUUGCAACAUAGUAAUUUAUUUUUAAUUUGUAGUUGGAUGUUGUGGACCAAACGCCAGAAAGUGUUCCCAAAACCUGACGUUAAAUUGUCUGAAACUUUUAAAUUGUGCUUUUCUUCUUAUUAUAAAAAGGGAAACUGUAUUAAUCUUCCUCUAUCAUCUUUUCUUUCUUUUGUUGAACAUAUUCAUUGUUUGUUUAUUAAUAAAUCACCAUUCAGUUUGAAUGAGACCUAUAUGUCUGGAUACUUUAAUAUAGCCUUAAUUAUUAUUGAAAAAGAUUUCAGAGAUAAAACACUAGAAGUUACCUCUUCUCCACCUAAAUCUCUGAAAAAUAGAGAAGCCCUCUGACUAGACCCUGUCAAAUUUCAAAAAAAGUCUUUUUUCUUUGUUUGUUUAGAUUUUCUUUUCCUGCAGCAUCUUCUGCAAAAUGUACUAUUAUAUAGUCAGCUUGCUUUGUGGCUAGUAAAAAAGAUAUUUCCUAAACAGAUCUGAGUUGGCAUAAACAGUGUUUUCUCAGUAAUGACAGAACGUGAUUUGGAAACUUUAAGCCCAUGACUUAGUAGUGGUUUUACCAUAGUGAUACCUGUGUGCAGAGAUGCAAAUGUGUUUCCUGACAUACACAGAUGAGUAUUUGGCUUGUGCUUCCCAUAGAAAAUUGCCAUGUGUGUUAUAAAUCCCUGCGAGCCAGAUGCUGAAUGGAUUUUUUUCCUAUUAAUUUCAGUGUUUUGUAAGAGGAAAAGUAAACCAGUUUUUAAAUGUAUAUAUAUAACACAUCCACACUUAAAAUUCUUUAUGUAUUACAUAGAAUGAUUGAUUUUUUUUAAAAAAAUAUACUGUGGGUUGGAAAGGGAUAUUUAAUCUUUGGGAAACUAUUUAGAAGAUAAUGUUUGUAGAACAAUUAUUUUUGAAAAAGAUUUAAAGCAAUAAUAAGGAAGGAGAGAAGAGCAGAACAUUUUAGUCUAGGGUGGUUUCUUUUUAAACCCAUUUUUCUUGUUAAUUUACAUUUAAAGCUAGGGGGCGAUUCGGAUUGGCCCUCUCCCCCCUCUGUAAAUAACCCAGGAAAUGUAAUAAAUUCAUUAUCUUAGGGCGAUCUGCCCUGUCAAUCAGACUUUGGGGAGAUGGCGAUUUGAUUACAGACAUUCAGGGCUUUUCAGUUUGUUUUCAAGAUAAUACAGUUUCCUGCUAUCUGCCGCUCCUAUCUAGAGGCAACACUUAAGCAGUAAUUGCUGUUGCUUGUGUCAAAAUUUGAUCAUUGUUAAAGGAUUGCUGCAAAUAAAUACACUCUAAUUUCAGUCAAAAA